AUGUAUCGACCGAACUUCUACGAAAGCACGUGCUUUCGUUGCAACGAGAUCGUCUACCAAGUGGACAGAGUCGGACCCCUCAAAGAUUUCACCUUCUUCCAUAGCGGCUGUUUCAAAUGUGCUGUUUGUGGCACUAAAUUAACUUUAAAGACAUACUACAAUAAUCAGCACUGGACAGAAGACAAAGAAGUAUACUGUUCGAGCCAUGUGCCCAAAAUAGGGCCGGGGCACUUGGACAACUCUUCCGUAGGCAUUCGCAGCGCACUUAACGUGCCUAAAAGCAAUAACUACGUCAAUGAACAGAUCCGGGGACUCGCCAGGAACAGCCAUGACAAUGAAUUAUUGUCGGCAGUGUCUCCGAUGCGUACGACGAACGGCGGCAGCGCACACGCAUCGCCUGCGCGUGAAUUAUCGCGGAACACUCCGGACUACCAAUAUGGGCGCUUCGACGUGAGCGCGUUGCAUAUCGCGCAUGCGCUCAAACAGACAGAACUCCAGAAGGCUUAUCACAGGCCAAAAGAGAAGCCUAUAGACUGCUAUUUGAGUUCCAAAUUCCAGAGAAAAGAAUUCCAAAAGAAGUCAGAAACCAGCUAA